CAAGAGCGCCACAACACAUACCACUCCAACCCUACCCACCAAGAUGUUUCGGCCAGAAAAACAUGGACUCGAGCCCGAUUUUCAACUUACCAAUUUUUCCACCCUCCGAGGAUGAGGCUGUAAAAUCCCCCAAGAUGUACUCACAAAGUACCUAAGGGGAACAGAAAUAGUCCAUUCCAACGAAAAGGAAGAACACCACAUCGGCGCUGGAAUGGACUGUGCCGUUAUACCACUCAACUCAACUCGGCACGGAGGAGAAUAUCUGCUGGCACAAACUGUCGACUUCUUUUAUCCAUUGGUAAAUGAUCCAGAAGCAUUGGGAAGAAUCACGCUGGCCAAUGUCUUGAGUGAUUUAUAUGCCGUUGGUGUGACCGACAUUGACUCGAUAGAAAUGAUAAUAAGUGUAUCGACGGAAUUUACGAGCAAGCAACGUGAUGUUGUUACAUCUUUAAUCAUACAGGGUUUUCGAAAAGCGUUGGCAACAAAUGGCUACAACCAAGUCCACUUAAAACUGAGGGAAUUAAAGCUAAAUCCUUGGUGCAUCGUUGGCGGCGUAGCGACUUCUGUCUGCCUAAAGGAUGAAAUCAUAUUUCCAUCUAAUGGGCGACCGGGAGAUGCUUUGGUACUUACAAAGCCACUGGGUACACAGCUGGCGACAAAUGCUCAUAUUUGGCAACUUAAUCAGACUGAUAAGUACAAAACCCUCCUGACGAAAUUCACAGAUAAGGAGAUACUCGAGACCUUUGAAAUGGCAGUGAAGUCGAUGACAUAUUUAAACAAAACCGCUGCACGCUUAAUGCACAAGUAUCGGGCGCACUGUGCCACAGAUGUUACAGGAUUUGGUUUACUUGGUCAUGCCAAAAACCUUGCACAAUUCCAAAAGGACAAGGUCUUAUUUAAGAUAAACAGAUUGCCAGUUAUCAAAAAUGUUGUGAAGUUUAGCACUCUAAUUGACCAAAGCUCCAAAUUACUUGCUGGCAAAUCGGUAGAAACAUCUGGCGGUCUAUUAAUUUCACUUUCGCCCGAAGCAGCAGACCAAUUUUGCUACGAAUUCAACGAAAUUACAAAAGGCGAACAAAAGGCAUUCAAAAUUGGAUGCGUCGAAGAAGCAAAUGAGUCCGAUGCAGUGCUAGAAGAUCAUGUAGAAUACAUCGAAGUCAGUUUUUAACUAGAUUUAAAGUAAUACAAACAAUUGAUUAUUCAACCUAUGACGGAUAUUUCAUAAAGGCUUAAAGCUUGGAAAUAUUUGGAACUUUACAUUUUUAAAUGUGUAUAUCUGAUAGUUAAUUGAAUGUAUGCUUUGAUUAAAGAAGGAGACUUGAUAGCCAAAUUAAA